UGACUGGAGAGCGGCAGGCUGCGGUCUGCAUUCCACGGGAAGGGGUCUGUCCUGCCAAGCAGAGCCCAAACCUUCAGGGGUCAUCAUCUCGUCUAUUGUCUGGAAGAGGAAGAGAAACGCCUGCAACGCGCGCCGCUAUGUAAAAGUCUAAGGAAGAAGCGAUUUUUCCAAACUGAGAGAGGAUUUAUGGAAUAAAACCAGGUCUGUCAAGCACCAUGUCAGGGAUAUCUGAUGGGAAAAAGAAGUGGGCAGCGGUCAGGGAUCGCCUGGGCUCCUCUCAGGACUCCGACACGCAGCAGGAGGCCAACUUGGAGAGCGCCGACCCCGAGCUGUGCAUCAGACUGCUGCAGGUUCCCACCGUGGUAAACUACUCGGGCCUGAAGCGUCGCCUGGAAGGCAGCGACCAGACAUGGAUGGUGCAGUUUCUGGAGCUGAGCGGGCUGGAUCUGCUCCUGGAGGCCCUGGACCGGCUAUCGGGCCGCGGGUGCUCCCGCAUCGCCGACGCCUUGCUGCAGCUCACGUGCGUCAGCUGCGUCCGAGCCGUGAUGAACUCAUCAGCAGGGAUCCACUUCAUCAUAGAAAAUGAGGGCUACAUUAGGAAGCUCUCGCAAGCCUUGGACACCUCGAACAUCAUGGUGAAAAAGCAGGUGUUUGAGCUCCUCGCCGCCCUCAGCAUCUUCUCCGCAGAAGGUCACCGCCUGGCUCUGGAUGCUCUGGAUCAUUACAAGGGCUUGAAGACACAGCAGUAUCGCUUCAGCGUCAUCAUGAACGAGCUGCAGGGCACAGAUAACGUCCCAUACAUGGUCACACUCCUCAGUGUCAUCAAUGCGCUCAUCUUCAGCACAGAUGACCUGAGACAGAGAGAUAAAAUCAGAAAGGAGUUCAUCGGCCUCCAGUUACUUGACAUUCUGCCUAAAUUAAGGUAA